AGGCCCCACCACCAGUCUUGCCCCAGCUUCAGGAGUUGGAGCAGCCUGGUCCCAGCCCUGUGCCCUUAUCCACUGAGCUGGUCCCAACUCCUGCUCAUGCCUGUUGCUUUGGAAAUGAUCCUGCUUCUCCUCCUCUUUGGGAGCGUCUGGGCCCAAAACACGAGCUCAGAGUCUCCGGAUGGCACAAUUACUUUGCAGGAGUUGGAACCCACAGGGUCCUCUGCUUCUUUGGUCUCAAAUAUCUACGAGACCACAAAAUUCAACUCAAUGACAUCUAAUUUUGCAACAACCGAGGUCCCUAAGACAGAUGACAGCACUGAGCACAAGAUCUUCCCGCCUUCCUCAAUUCCCUAUACAGCCAAUGAGGUUUCCUCUCCUGGGACUUCCAUUGCUGCCAGCAGGGGCCCUCCUGUAAAUGAGUCAAUAAUCUCCCAGAAAGAUUCCGCCAAAACAUUAUCAAUGCCCCUGGAAAUCUCUAAUGCAACCAGUAUACCUGCUGUCCCAGUAGUGAAGUCUGCAGGAUUCCACACUACGACUGGUGAAACCAUGGCAACUAGCCCUCUGGAGACCUCCAGUGGGACCAGUGGACCCCCUGUCACCACAGCUACUAGCUCUCUGGAGACCUCUGAUGGGACCAGUGGACCCCCUAUCACCACAGCAGUCAGCUCUCUGAAGACCUCCAAUGUGACCAGCGGACCCCCUGUCAUCAUGGAAACUAGCUCCCUAAAGACCUCCAAGGAGACCAGUGGACUUCCUGUCACCAUGGCAACUACGUCUCUGAAGACCCCCCUGGGGACCAGUGGCUCCCCCACCUUUGGAGUAAAAAUAUCCAGCCCAACGUCCUCCACAAGCAGUAGGUCCUCCCCAAAUUCAGGCUGGGAGACAAAUGGCACCUUGCUGGUAGCUGUGCUUGUGGCCCUGCUGGUGGUCAUUUUCCUCAUGGCACUACUCCUGCUGUGGCGCCAGCGGCAGAGGCGGAAGACAGGAGUACUGACACUCAGCAGGGGUGGAAAACACAACGGGGUGGCAAAUGCCUGGGCUGGGGUAGCCCAGGUGUCUCAUGAGGAGGCCGCGAUAAUAACAGAGGGAGCGUCUGGGGGUAACAAUGACUCUGGGGUCCCCCAGGGGGAGGGGUCUGGCCAGCGGCCCACACUUACCACUUUCUUUGGUAGACGGAAGUCUCGCCAGGGCUCCGUGGCGCUGGAGGAGCUAAAGCCUGGGCCAUCCUCCAGCCUAAAGGGGGAGGAAGAGCCACUGGUGGGCAGCAAGGAUGAGGCUGCGGAGACCUCUGCUUCUGAUGGGCCAGGAGAGAGAGAUGUGGAGGCCCCUUAACGUUUGAGAAUAAUAAGACUGGAGCUCAGAAUCGUUCCCGCUUUCAUCACCUUCCCUCCUGUCAUCAUCACCCAGCAUUCUCACCCAGCACCCUUUGGAUUUUCACCCAGCAUCUUCACCCUGAAUCAUCAUUCAGCUCUUCUAGUCAGCAGCCCAUGCAGCACCCACAUCCAGCGUGUAGAUCAGGGCUGACACCCACUGAACCCUUGUAGAUUGAAUGAACGAACUUUCCUCAUCAACCCCUACUUCUCCCCAUCACAUUUUCUCCACAUUUCUGUCCUUGAAACCAGCUGUUGAGUCUCCGUAAAGGCCAAACUUCCUUGACUUACGAUUUCUCAGAGGAUUCCCCAGGAAUACCAGAGUCUGGGAAGAAGAGGAAAUGGCAACCCAGCAAACUCCCACCUUAGGAUUACUCUGGAAAGUACAUUUGGCCCCAUGGAUUAGGACAGUCCUACCGGCUCAGCCCAUGAACUGCCUUUAACUCCAGGCGCCAGUGCUCUGUGCUAGGCCAGCCUGGAGCAUGGGCUGGGUGGUGUCACCCAGCUGUGGUCUCAGGUGCGUCUGAGACGGCCCCUGGACCCUAGGCUGGCUCACGGUCCCAGCCACCACAUUCUCCCCCAACUCUGGACUGAGGCAGCCAGAGGCUUCAGCUGUUUCUCCUCCCAAGAGCAGAGGUGAGAAGAGUUUCUGGGCAGAUGUAGUUCUUAGAAGUCUCGGCAUCUGCGUGGGUCCACUCAUGCAUGCAGUUUGUGUGCAAGAGGCGAGGACUCGGUGAUGCUUGUGAAGGGCAGUGUCGAGCACAGUUGGGUGAGGGAGGGGGCAGGAAGGGCUGCAGAGGCUGAGGAGAUGCCGCCCUCAGGAGGUGCUGAGAACAUAGGCACCCUCGUCUUUGCUCCGAUGGGGUGGAGGUGGAAGAUUAAAUUCCGUCUGUGGCAGGGCUUGACAGAAAGACUGCAUGUGUGACCAAGUGUGGUUCUUCAGCUCAGCCGCUAUGUCCCUUCCUCAAAGCCCCCCCCCUCCACCCCCCCUCUCCCCAGUGCACACACGAGAGUCCCAGGUCAUGCUGAUGCUGUUACAAGUUUAAUGUGUUUGUCUGUAUCCCCUCUUCCAUUCUACAAGGAGGGUCAGUGAGAGAGUGAGCUGUGACAGGCCUCCAGAACCAGGGGCAUCCCUGUGGCUCUGGGAUGGAGAGGAGGGGACAAGACCCAACUGUGCUAUCUCUGAGACCAGCCCAGGCCAGAACCCAGGGCACCGCAUGGACCAGAGGCCGUUGGUAUUUCCCCAGGGCAAAGAGGAAAUUUGCAAAGAGGAAGUUGUUGAGUCAGAGGAGCAGUGGAUGAGAGCAGACACAUUGACCUACAAAAGGAGAGGCCACGCAACUCCAUGAGAGCGUGACUGCCAGGUGGUUUGGAUUGGAGGGGACACCAGAGGCUGGGAAAGGGCCCCCAGGUGGGUCAGUUCAUGGGGGUGUGGAAGAGGGAUGAGGAGAGAAGUGGCGGAAAGUGGCCACGGAUCCGCCCGGAAUUCUGCCACCCAUGCCUGGGCGAGCUGGGGUGGAAAUCCUGCCUUGACCACGCAAACCUGGGCGCCUUUUCUUUCUCUUUCUUGGACGUGCCACACAGGCACAAGGGGUCUUAGUUCCCCGACCAGGGAUCGAACCUGCACACCCCUCCUCACCCCGGCCAAAAUAAAUAAAUAAUAAAAUAUUGAAAAUACUAA